UUGCUCGCAAAUAUGUACUUCACUAAGAUUGUGCUGCCAGACAUGGAAUACGUAGAGGAUUUCGUCGACUUCCUCAUCGAUGCUGAACUCAACGAUCUCCCAGUAUUGAAACGGGCAUGCGAGCGUUACCUCUGCGGCGAACUGAACACUAAGAAGGACUUGCUUACCUCUCUUCUACUCGACCUACUCUUCAUCUCCAUUGUUUUCCAGCUCUCUGUCAUGAAAAGCAUGACAUUGUCCGAGUUGGCAAAUAGAGCUGACGAGUUGUCUCAGCUCGACAAACUAAUGGAAGACGAGGAAUACAAGUAA